AUUUUUUCUGUAUUCCUGAUUUCUUGCUAAUUUGUGUCAAGUUUAAAAGAAAUUAUAUUCGGACACUAAUUCAGAAGACUUGAGCCCAAGGUUUUGACAAGUUCUGUGUUUUCAGAGUAUUUUUGUAAGGAGCUAGCAGCUAACUAGCUUGUCGUUGUGUUCAGUUUAAUAAUGACAUGUAGUUUAAUUUGACUUUAGGAUGUCAGCCGCCUCGGUUUCGCUGCUUCUUUUGGUUUAAUGAGUCAUGUUAAGACUUGUUGGUUUUUUCAGUGCGGUUCGGACUGUUUGCAGCGCUGCAGAAAGUAUGGCUAAAGGAACGUUCUUCUACGCGGUGAGGAAAGGAAUCAAACCAGGAGUCUACAAGACGUGGGAUGAAUGUAACCAGGUAGACAAAUUCCCAUGUGCCUCCUAUAAGAAGUUUGCUUCAGAGAAAGAUGCCUGGGCGUUUGUCAGAGGAGUCCAGCCGUCCGCAGUUCCAGAGGUGACAGAAGGAGUGCAGAGUGAUGGGUCCUCGUAUAGUCUACUUCCUAAGCGAGGCCCAGAGCCUCUGGAGUACAUCCCUAUUGGUCAGAAGAGGUGUCACUCAGGCGAGGAGGUGGAGUCAGUCCCCAAACGAGUCAAACUGUCAGACUGCAGCAGCUUAUCAUCAGAAGCCACAGAUGGAUUCACAUACAUGGGUGACGCUGUGGUUGUUUUUACUGAUGGCUGCUGCUCGGCUAACGGACGGCGCGGCGCCCGAGCUGGCAUCGGCGUAUGGGGCCACAAUAACCCGCUAAAUGUUUCCGAGCGGCUGCCAGGACGACACAACCAGAGGGCGGAGCUCCAGGCUGCCUGCAGAGCUCUGGAACAAGCCAAAGAAAAGAACAUCAAGAAGCUGGUUCUUUACACAGACAGCAAGUUCACCAUCAACGGUGUGACCAAGUGGGUAAAGAACUGGAAAGUCAACAACUGGAGGCUGAAGUCUGGAGGUCCAGUCACCAACAAAGAAGACUUUGUGAAGCUGGACCAGCUGAACACAGAGGUUGAUGUUGUCUGGUUGCACAUUCCGGGUCACUCCGGCUACAAAGGUAACGAGGAGGCGGACCGACUGUCCAGAGAAGGAGCCGCGCAGCCUUCACAGGAUGAAGGAAGUUUGGACUGAGGGGCGCA